AUGGAUACGUCCGGAGAAGCCAAUCCUGACCUUGAGUCUUUCCGUGAGCAAUGGAGAGCAGAGCAACCACCAGCACCACCACCGCCACCAACACCACAACAACAACAACCAACACCAUCUGCAGCGGAGCUUGCGGCAGAACACCAUCUUCACCCCCGGAAACCUCCACCAGCACCGGCCAAAAAGGCUGCUGCACCACGUCAGGACUACGAAGACGACUAUGUUCAGCCGAGGUCUUUUGAUGCACCGAACGAUGAAGCUGCAGCCGCGUCCACAUCGACACAAGGGGAAUGGACGGUAAAGAAGACCACAAAGGAUCCGGUCACGGCGCUUGAUCAUUAUGAGAAAGCUGUGGAGAGAGAGGCUGCGGGCAGCUUGGGUGAUAGUCUGAAGCUUUAUAGGAAGGCGUUUAGGAUGGACGAUAGCGUGGAUCAGAAAUACAAGAACAAGUACUUUCCCAAGUCAAAGGCGAAGCCGCCUGCGACGGCUUCUCCUGGUACUGCUGGCGGUGCAGAGAGUGCUGCCACCGCGCCAUCAUCAGCGGAACAGCCGCAGACCAUGAAGGAGCUGAUCAACAGCUUCGCAGGGUUAGCGAUCGAGCCGGAAGGUCCUCCUGUAGAAGGGAUGCCACCGCCUCCGUGUCCCAUUGCCUCUCUUCCCGAAGAGCUUCUGGUUCACAUCAUGCGUGACGUGGCAAUCCUAGACGUUGCUGACUUUGUCCGUCUUGCGCAAGUUUGCAAGAGGUUCGCUUUUUUGGUCGCCACCGAAGAUCGAAUUUGGCGACGCAUCUGCUUGGGUGACGAGUUCGGGUUUGGUAGCAUGCAUUAUCACUGGCAGCGGCAAAUCACUUGGGAACCGCUGACGGAGGAAGACCUUCUCACCGAAUUCGAGGAGCAAAUGCAAGCACAGGAGAAAGCCCGAGCAGAAAAGGCCGCGGAGCUCGACAAGGGCGCUGCGGAUGAAGAUGAUGAUGAAAAAACCGCAGAGACCCCGGACGUUUCCCUGCUACUCCCCUUGACCCCCGCACAACGAGCCGAAAAGCACGCAGAAGAAUCGCGAGCCACCACCCUGGUCUUCUACAAGACCGUCUACAACUCCAGUUGGCUACGCAUGUGGCGUCUCCGUCCCCGCAUCCGCUUCAAUGGCUGCUACAUCAGCACCGUGAACUACAUCCGCACCGGCCAGGCCAAUGCUAACGCCACCACCUGGGGUAGCCCCGUGCACAUCGUCACCUACUACCGCUACCUGCGCUUCUUCCGUGACGGCACCGUCAUCAGCCUGCUCACCACCGCCGAGCCCGCCGACGUUGUCUACCACCUCACCCGCGAGGCCAUGACGCUGCAUGCCGGUAAGAGGCAGGCCGCUAACAACACCGCGCUUACACACCUCCCUAGCGCGCCGAUGCAGUACGCCCUCAAGGGCCGCUGGCGUCUGGCCUCGGCGGCGGAUAACCCGGCUGCUCCUUUGAAUGAGAUCGAAGGCGAUUUGAUUGUUGAGACGGAGGGCGUGGGCAAGUACAUAUAUCGCUUGGAUCUGACGCUGAAGUCGGCGGGCAAGAUGGGAGCCAAGAACAACAAGCUUGUUUGGAGGGGGUUUUAUAACUAUGAUAGGAUGACGGAUGAUUGGGGCGAGUUUACACUGAAGCAUGAUAAGCCGUUCUUCUUCAGUCGGGUCAAGAGUUAUGGGGUUUUGGGGGAGUAGAGAGAGAGAAAAAGAAAGAUAAAGCUUGGGGAAUGGUGUGCUUUGUAAAUAGAAAGACUGGAAGACGGUUGAUAUUGGAAUGGAAUGAGAUCAUUACUAUCAUGGUUAGAUUGUUUCAGCG